UUGUUGUCGAAACCCAGGGUCUUCUUGAUGUUGGGAAAAGCGACUUUGGAUUUGACGCCGAGACGAGUAUUAUGGUCUCAUCCGUUGCCGGCGCUCAUUUCUAUCGGUUGGUUCUACCGAGUAGCGUAUAGAUGUCAUCCGAAUCCGAAGUAG